GAGUCUCUCCAGACCAGGGCUAGAGAGAAGGGAAGAGGAAGAAGAAAGGGAAAGAUCUUGAUGGCAAGAAGAAGGGAUCCUUCUUUCUUCAAGAUUCUUCUGGGGGAUCACUUCUCUCACAAGUUGAUAAUUCCUGGAACUUUUCUCAAACAUUUUGAUGGGAAUGUGCCUGAACAGUUUCGUCUUCAAACCCCAGCUAAAACUUGGCUUGUUGAUGUGGAAAAGGUUGAUCAUAAGUACUAUUUCCAAAAGGGUUGGAACGAAUUUGUGUGUGAAAAUGGCUUAAAGGUUAAGGAAAUUCUAGUUUUUCAUUAUACUGGAAAUUCAGACUUCUCUGUCGACAUAUAUGGAAAAAAUACUAUCAAAAAGGUAUUUGUAAAAGAAAGUCAUGCCUUCCCGCGAUCAAAAGAUGUUGGCAUCCCCACAGAUAUUGACUAUCCUAUGGAAGAAGCUGAUGAAGAUGAUGAUCCGUCUGUUGAAAUAUUGGAUGAUGUUGCACCAUACCCAACAAGUAGAGGAGAGAAAUAUCAGAUAUCAAGUCCUCUGCCUCACAUUGAUUAUGAUCUUGACAUUCAAGAUAACGAUGAGAAUAAGCAUGGAAGUUAUAAAAAUGAAGAAGAUGAAAAUGAGGAAGAUGUUGAUAAUGAAGAUGAGGAUGAACAUGAAAGUGAGGAAGAAGAUGGAGAUGAAAGUCUGAGUGAAGAAGAAAAUGAAACUGCGGAAGAUGUUGAUUUUGGAGAUGAGGAUCAAAAUGAAAGUGAAGAAGAAAAUGAAAGUGAAGAUGAGGAUCACAAUGAUGAUGGUGACGGUGACGAUGACGGCUCUAUUGAAAUCUUGAGCGAAAAACCACCAUGCUCGAAAACAAGAGGUAAAUCUCCAUUAGAAUUGCAGCUCCGCAAGAGCAAGAGAACAUGUUCUAAUACUAAAGCUCAAAGCAAUAUUAAAGAUGCAGGUGGCUCUUCCAGAACUGAAAGUUUCCGAAAACCUGAGAUACCUAAGAAGAUGAAUCUAGCUAUGGCAGUUGGAAAGCAUAAUGCUCUUCAGAGAGCUCUUGAUUUUAAAUCUAACUCUGUAAAUCCUUGUCUUGUGCUUCCCAUGCGUGCCUCUUAUGCCCGUGGAAGUUACUUGAAUUUUCCAUUUGACUUUGCCAAGAGAUAUCUUAGGAAGCAGCCUAGUAACGUCACUUUUCUGGCCGAUGGUGUAUCUUGGCCUGUCAAGUUCCAUUAUCCCCAAAACCAAACCAGAGCAAUGGCUGGCUGGUCUGCAUUUGCGCGAGUCAAUAAAUUGAAGGAGAGUGAUGUGUGUGUCUUUGUGUUGACUGACGACAUCAAAUUUGUAUUUAGUGUCGCGAUUUUCCGCAUUACAGGUGCUGCAAAUUGCACCUUACCAUCACCAGGACGAAGGCAAACUGCCACAGCUCAAUUGAAAUCGAAAAACAACAAGAGAAAGCCGGAUAGAAGAAGUAACAGAAUCUGAUUGCACCAUGAUGAAUUUGGAGAUUGGCUGGUAUACGUAUAGGUCCAGGGAGCGUGUAUGGGGCUUCUCUCUCAGUCUAGUAUAUAACUACAGUACGUAUCUAUUUAUGUAUGCGGAUUGUAGCAUCUAGUUAGUCUUGGACUGAUAGGUUGGCCUGAAAAGUUGUUUGUUUACCAAUCAUGAAUCUUCAAACUAAUCGAUCUGGUGGUUUGAAAAUUUUCCACAAUGUGUAAUAGGAUAUGCAUGUUGCAUCUUUGAUCUCUAUUGUUGUUUUAAAGGGUUCAAUUAGACUAA